AAUAUUCUGUUAAACUCACUCAUCUCAUGGUAUCACUUGCAGAAUAUUGUGCGUUCAUGUAAAUAUUGUUUUUUGUUUUUUUAUUGAAAUUUUCCUUCUGCAUAUAUUCCUGUAUAUGCAAAUUCAGCACAUUUGAUGCAGAAGAAAUUUAUAGAACUCGCUCAAUUGCAUCUUGUACAGUGUACUGUAUGUAUUAGAAAUUUAUUUGAAAAUGGAAAUUACCAGAUGUAAAGAAAUGGUGUUACAUGGUGUUGACAAAAACCAGACAAAGCUCUGUACCUGAGUCUUCAAGCAACUUUACCUGUUGGGAGUGUUUCUCAGUGAUCAUGAAGGUGUCAAGCUGUUUGUUGUUUGGAUUUUGGAGUUUCUUUGUUUUUAGUGGUCUGUCUGUUAUUGCCUAUGCAAAUAUCGAUCAUAAUGAUGAAGUAUGGACUGAUAAGUGUGACCCCACAAAGGGUGAUGAACAUAAAAAGAGCGGGACUACCACCUGUCAACAGCCAUCAUGUCUUCCAGUAUUCAAGCGUUUCCUUUCCAAGCUCCUUAUAGAAACAGAAAAACUUGACCAUCCUGAUGAUGCAAAAACAGUCAUGCAUUAUGACGCUGAGGUAAAGCUUUCCAAGCAAUCAGUGGCAGAGAUCCAGAAGCUUUUAAAUGAUAAAAACAGCUGGACCACUGGAGCCAUGGAUGAGGCUCUCAGUCAAAUUCUGGUCAACUUCAAACUCCAUGAUUAUGAAGCCUGGAAGUGGCGAUUUGAAGAUACCUUUCAUGUAGAUUUGGAUACUUUCAUGAAGAUUCUUUUGAGUGUUCUGAUUAUCUUCCUUAUAAAGUGGAUUGUGUGGUCCUGGGUUUUCCAGUUCAAGGAAUGGUUUACUCUCUGCUUUUUAAUUAGCAUUAUCUGGAACUGGUUCUAUCUUUAUAUGCUUGAUUUUUCUGAGCACCAGAACAAUAUUGUGCAGAUGGAGAGCUUCAAUGAGAAAUGUAGUGGGGUGAAACAAAUGGACUGGAAGGACAGUUUGUCAGAGUGGUAUAGAAGUACAUGGACUCUUCAAGAUGACCCUUGUAAAAAGUACUACGAGGUCCUGUUGGUGAAUCCCAUUCUACGUGUACCACCAACAAAGGCUAUCACAGUCACCAUAACCAGCUUCAUGACAGAUCCCCUGAAGCAAAUUGGGCAGGGCAUCAAUGAGUUCAUAAGAGCUUCGUUGAAGGAUCUGCCAGUCACUCUCCAGAUCCCUGUGCUUGUUCUUAUGGCACUAGCAAUUGUGGCUUUUUUGUAUGGAAGUACCCGAGCAUCUAUGCAGCAUGCCUUACGUGAACCCAUCUUAAAGGCCGUAGCUAACGGUGGGGGGGAAGGAAGACAAUGGAUUGAUUCUAGGGUCCCACAGUCAUAGGGUCCCCAAACUUUUGACAUAAUGAUCUUUUUGC